AUGUUACGAAGAUCAUCCCAUUUCCUUCUCUUCAUUUCCUUUAUCCCAUUCAUCUCAUGUGGAGGUUUUUGUCCAUCAUGUGCCCUCCGAGCGCUCGGACUCACUGAUAGCGCUUUCACGAAUAAUGGAAACAAUGAUGGCAAUAGGUUCUAUUCCCGAAACGUGGAUCCAAGCGAAAUGUUUGGCGGUGAUCCGCAAUCGUUUGGGACAAAUCUCGGGAAACAAAUCGCCAUGAGAAUCAUGCAGGCUUAUGAUGGAACAAACGGUCAAAUGGGCGGUCAACCGAUUGUCGUCAAUUCGAUGUCGUCGUUCCCCGAAACGAGACAAGAAAUCAUGAAUUUGGGCACGGCCAGCACGGGGAACACGAGUGAGCCGGCAAAACAAGUGAAAAUUGAAGAAGAAAAAGAGACAAAAGAAAGAGAGAUUAAAGAAGAGAAAACACCGCAGAACACAGGCAAAUCAAGCAGCUCUGGAACUUUUGAUCCAAACGAGUUCGCGAAAAAGUUCCGCGAACAAUUUCUGACUGUCGGAAACAAUAACAAUCAAGGAAUCUAUGGAUCAUUCCCAGGAAAUAACAAUGGAUACAAUGCUAACACAAUGCCACCAGUAUUCGGCUCGUUCGGCAACACAAACAACGGAAAUGUUCAAGUCGUUCAAAUGCCCGCUCAACCAAAUAAAGGGAAAUGCCCAUACUGUUUUGGAAAUAAUGGAAAUUAUAAAAAGAUGAAGAAGAUGAAGAGGCAAGCA